AUGGCGGAGAUAGAGAAGCAGAACGUGAACCCUGACCUUAGUCAAGUCAACACUAGGCAAGCUGGGGAGGUCGAGGUGUGUGGAGGAACGGUACACGAUGCUGUGUUUGGAGACCUUAACAAUGACGGUCCCAAUUAUCGCAACGUUGGUUGGAUCGGCACUGUGGUGAUUAUGAUGAAAACACAAAUUGGCCUAGGUGUGCUUUCGAUCCCUUCCAUCUUCCAUACGUUGGGCAUGAUUCCGGGCGUAAUCUCCCUCCUUUUCAUACUUUUCAUAACUGGAUGGGCGAAUUGGGCUGUUGGUGUCUUUAAGUUGAACCACCCUUCGGUAUAUUGCAUCGAUGAUGCCGGGGCCUUGAUGUUCGGUAAGAUUGGUCGGGAGGCAUGGGCUGUGGCCUUCUGUAUCUUCUGGACAUUGAUUGCUGGAUCGGGUAUGCUCGCGGUCUCGAUUAGUUUGAACGCUGUCUCAACUCAUGGUGCCUGCACUGCCGUUUUCACGGCGGUCGCACUUGCCAUUGGAUUCAGCUGUGCCAGCAUUCAGACACUAGGUAGAAUAGUCUGGCUGGCUUGGGUGGGCAUCGUUUGUAUACUCAUUUCCAUCUUUACUGUCACUAUCUCCGUUGGUGUUCAAGGCCGGCCUUCGGCUGCCCCAAUCAAUGAUGCUAUUUGGGUCUCCGACUUCCAGAUGUUCAACAAUCCCUCAUUCGCUAACGCUAUCGCCGCGGUGUCUACGCUCUUGUUCGCUAAUGGAGCCACGCCGGCGUAUUUCUCUAUCGUCUCAGAGAUGCGUGAUCCCCAGCACUACACACGAGCAGUCCUUGUAUCCCAGUUUCUCAUGGGCUCUCUCUACGUCACGAUUGGCGUUGUUAUGUACUACUUCUGUGGAUCCUACGUUUCCUCGCCGGCACUUGGAUCUGCAGGGCCUCUUGUGAAGAAGGCUGCCUAUGGCUUUGCACUUCCGGGAUUGAUAGCCACCACAACCAUAAUGAUACAUCUUCCGGCAAAGUUCAUCUUCAUCCGACUCCUCCGAAACACACAUCAUCUCAAUCAAAAUACCUUUAGGCACUGGAUAACUUGGUUUGCCUGCACUGGUGGCAUUUCACUGAUAGGAUACAUUGUGGCCGAAGCUAUCCCUAUCUUUGACGAUUUGCUAUCCUUGAUUGGGGCUUUGCUAGGGCCAGUCAUGGCAUUGCAGCCCACGGGUUGUAUGUGGCUAUAUGAUAAUUGGAGCAAGCGAAAAGCGGAACGUAAGCCGCUCUGGAUGCUGCACGCCAGCUGGGCCAUUUUCGUUGUUGCAUUCGGCUGCUUCCUCACAGUUGCUGGAACCUAUGGAUCUCUCGUAGGCAUAAUCGCCUCGUAUAAAACGAUAGGUGGUACCACUGCGUGGACAUGUGCUGAUAAUUCAAACUCCGUUUAA